AUGCUAGAGAAGGAAAGCCUAUUGAAUCUUGUGAACAUUUCACGCCACCAUAUUCUGAGUCAAGCGGUUGAAGUUGUCGAGCUCUGCGUUGAUCAUCUCAUCCAACCCAAAGACUACAUGAGCCACGAAGAACUAGAGAUUUGUGGACUCAAAGACGAGUAUGAUUUCUUCCGAGUUCGGAAUGGCGAAGUUGUCUUACUGGGCGACGAUAGUUGGGAGCAAAUAAUCCAAACCUAUAAGGAUGGAUGGCAGGAGCAAACGGAAUUCUUCUCCCAAAGGCAACAUAUGAGUUAUUUAGCGAUAGCUCUCACUAACCUCAAAAACUGCAAAGCUAUUGGGAUAUCGGAUCAUACCCGACCAUGGGGCGCCUUUAAGCUUGGGCGACGUAUUGGCGUACUUCCAAAUAGGUUUAUUUCUGAUUUCUUACCUAAUAGCAUGGUUCAUGCCUUAGUAGUAAUCAGAACACUGUUUUUCGCACUUAUUAAGAGCCGCCUUCCCAUAGAGGAGAUAUAUAUCGAGUUUGGAGAUAUGAUGGAAGGUUGUACGUCUGUUAUUCCACGGAUGCUAUCGCUCCCAAGCAGUCUCGCAAAAGCCGUAAAAUCCGAAAUCACGACCAUCACAAAGCUCAGUCUUGUUAUCAAUCCUAAGUAUAACGUCCCACACCCACUUCUGGGCACCCCCCACAUUUGGGCACCCCAUUUACACCAAAAACGCCGUUUUUCGAAAUUCUAUAUUAAACUAAAUACUUUACUUAUUAAAGAGAAUAAAUAUAUAUUAAAUAGAUUAAGACUUAAUUAUAAUACUUAA